GGGCGCUGGGGGGCCGCCGCCCUGGCUGGCGGUCCCUCGGACGCUGCCGCAGGCCUUUCUGGAGGUGCACUGCCAGGUGCGCUACGUGGGCGCCAACUUCAACAACCGGAACAUCGCAUUCGGCGGCGUGCGGGACGCGGCGCCGCGCGGCGCCAGGGUCGAAAACCCGCUGCUGGAUCUCAGCGGGCACAGGGUCCACGGCGCCGCGCUGGGCUGCGGCAUCGUUCUCAAGGACAUGACGCUGGUGAGCGCGUGCGGCUACCUGCGGAGCCUCUUCAAGCUUGUGCUGUACGGGCGCCACAAGGUGGGCAGGGGCGUGGAGAUCCUGGAGGCACUGGACGGUGACGUGGUCCUGCACGACGCGGUGGCGGCGGACAACGCGACGAUGCGCGUGAACAGGUUCAUCGGGCGGGGCAGUUGGGCGCAGAACGUGACGGUCACGGUCACGUGCGCGGAGCCGGGCGUGCGCAUCCUGACGGAGCCCCAGUGCGCCCGGGCGCAGCGAGGGGCCCGUUUCGCCGGGCCCCAGGACGCGAACCUCCUCGGCGCAGCAUCCGUCGGCGGCGACGGCCCUGGCCGAGAGACUGGCAGCGAUCAGGGCGACGUCGCGGAGAAGUUGCCCGCGGCGGCGCUGCUCGCAAUCGAGUUAAUUCUCAACUUCGCCUCCCCGCUUCACCACUCGUGA